ACGAGCUCGUGGAACCCAGGGUCGGGUCACUGCUCUGUCGGAGACAGAGCAGCUGAACUCCGACACCGGUGGAUGGAAUUCCAAGGUAUCAAGAAUUGGGAAGGUUUGCUUGAUCCACUUGACGAUGAUCUCCGCAAGGAGAUCUUAAGGUACGGGGAAUUUGUGGAAGCAGCCUAUCGCUGCUUCGACUUUGACGUGUCAUCACCCACGCACGCCACAUGUCGUUAUCCUACGAGUUCGAUGCUGACAGACUGCGGACUAGACACGAGCGGAUAUAAGGUAAUCAAGAACCUUUAUGCCACGUGUGCAGUUCAAAUGCCAAGUUGGACUAAAAGGUUCCCGAAUUUAGCAUCCCCGUGCUCUAGCUGGAUUGGUUACGUGGCAGUUUGCGAAGAUGAGGAAGAGAUCGCUAGGCUUGGGCGUCGUGACGUGGUGAUUGCUUAUCGAGGCACUGCCACCUCAUGCGAAUGGCUCGAAAAUUUACGUGCCACGUUAACUUCUUUACCAGAUGACAUGGCACCGGAAAAUUACGAUCAACCCAUGGUACAAAGUGGAUUCUUGAGCUUGUACACAACAAAAAACGAAUGUGAUCAAAGUUUGCAGGACACAAUUAGAGAAGAAAUUGGCAACGUUCUUGAUAAGUAUAAUGACGAGCCAUUAAGUAUAACUGUCACAGGCCAUAGUCUUGGAGCUGCCCUUGCAACAUUAACAGCGUACGAUAUAACUACAAAAUUUAGUCACGCACCAAUAGUAACAGUUGUAUCAUUUGGAGGGCCUAGGAUAGGAAACAAAAGUUUUAGAUGCCAAUUGGAGAAAAGUGGUACAAAUGUUCUCCGCAUUGUCAACUCCGACGAUCCAAUUACAAAAGUUCCGGGGUUCGUGAUCGACGGAGACGAUGAUGUGGCAGAAAGAGGGAGUGCCCACGUGGCGACAACAGGGCUGCCAAGCUGGCUUCAAAGAUGCAUGGAGGAUACACAAUGGGUAUAUGCUGAGGUUGGCAAGGAACUUAGAUUAAGUAGUAAAGACUCUAAAUUUAGCAAAGCUGGAGAUGUUGCCACGUGUCACGAUCUCAAGACGUAUUUGCACUUAGUGAACAAUUUUGCAGCCCUCGGUCCUGCCUCGAUCCUGACCCUCGAUCAAGGCUUCGACCAUGGCCCUCGAUCCUGGGCCUCGAUCAUAGCUUCGAUCCUGACCCUCGAUCAUGGCCUUCGAUCAUGGCCCUCGAUUCCGGCCUUCGAUCCUGAGUCUCGACUCUGGCUUCGAUCCUGGCUCUCGACCCUGGCCUUCGAUCCUGGCCCUCGACUCUAUGCUUCGAUCCUGGGCUCGAUUUCUGUAUUUCCAGCAGAAGAAAUUGCAGCGGCUGUUUAA